AUGUCUUCUGUUGGUGUAGAAUUAUUCUUCUGGAUGGAUAAUAAUGGAAUAAUGCGAAUUGGAUAUGAUGGUCUACCACGUGAUCAAUGGCCUAAAGUGAUUCAAUGGAAUUUACCUGCUCGUGAUGGUAUUAUUUGGUUAUUAGAUGGUAUAUUAAAAUGUCCUGAAAAAAUUUGUCCAUUAAUUGUUGAAGAUGUAGAUUAUUAUGAUGUUUAUGUAAUGGCAUGUCAAACAUCAGUAUUACCUGGUGAAAAAGAUCCUGUUGCACAAUUUGAAAGUAGACCAUUAGAUAUUGCCAGUCGACAUCCUACUCUAUGUACUGUGAAUUCUUGGAAAAUUACCAAAUUAAAUCAUGUUGCAAUUGCUGUGCCAGAUCUAGAAAAAGCUGCUUCAUUUUAUCGUGAUAUUUUACGCGUUGAAGUUAGUGAACCAAAACCUAUUAAAGAACAUGGUGUUACCACGGUGUUUGUACGACUAGAUAAUAUUAAUAUUGAAUUGAUUCAACCACUUGGUGAUAAUAGUCCUAUUAGUAAAUUUAUAGAAAGUAAUAAAAAUGGUGGAUUACAUCAUCUCUGUAUUGAAGUUGAUAAUAUAUACAAUUGUUUGAAGCAUUUAAAAGAUAAAAAUAUCCGAACAUUAAGUGCUGAACCAAAAAUUGGAGCAUCAGGUGCACCUGUCCUAUUUCUACAUCCUAAAGAUACAUGCAGUGUACUGCAUGAAUUGGAACAUGUUCCAGAAAACCAUGGUUCUCAUUAAUAUACAUUAGUGUUGUACUAUUGUUUUACUUCAGCGUGACGUUUAUUCAAGAUACAAUAUUCUUGUACUAAAUUAACGUGAACCAUGUUCAGCAUGAC